AUGGCCACGAGCUUCAAAUACCAUGAUUUCACGCCAGUGCUCCCUCGGAGAAAGCGGAAGCCCGCACAACGGCCGCAAUUGCUGACACUGGUCAAGCAGGCAGCCGAGGAGCUGAACAAACAAGACUGGAAUGCAUCUUGUCAAAGGCUGCUACAAGACCGUCUGGAUGCCCUCUCUGUGCCUCCAACCAAAAUUGUCUGUCUGGGCCUCGGAAGUCCUUGCGCAUCAGCCAACUCUCGUGCCCAACUCGCCUUCUUACUUGAGCUAUGUAAGACGACUGCGAUCGAACACGCCCAAGUCGCGUUGUAUGAUCCAGUUUUCUCGCAAGAAGACGCUGCCUUAUUUGAGCAGCUCGGGCUGACGCUCUUGGCCGAUAAGCUGGCAAGUCGCUUUUCCCCGUCAUCCUACCCAAGCUCAUCAUUCUGCUUACUUAGGACGGCGGGCAUUCACUCGACUGCCCAACAAUACUAUGGAUGCCGCAUUGUGAUAUAGAGCUCUACGAGGCCGUGCUUGCGGCCAACUGGUCCCACGAGCAGCUCGCCGAUAUGACCCUAAUCGCGAAUCGGUUGGCGGAUUACGUAGACAAGUGCGUGGGAUCUAAACUCUAAGAUGAAAAAAAUGAUGAACUUUUGAAGCCACUCAAAAACAAAGCUCGAAACGAGGGCACCCCAUUUACUCAGCAUCGCAGCCGUGAUGGAGUGCAAACUACUUCCGCCCUGUUCUGCGUUAUCAGCGGCUUUCAACAAUAUCGCAAUUCAGUGGGUCACCGCCGAGCAAGACUUUGUCCUGAAACAUCGCAACGAAUUUCGGCCGUCGGACCAGGAGCACCGAAAUAGAUCCCGUGAGCAUGUUGAUGCCAACAACCAAACAAGUCUGGAAUUCCAAGAUACCGAGAGAGAGAGAGAGAUAAGUAAGUAA